UAGGACUCAAUGCUAUUUCCGCUAACGCCAUUGCUGUUUGAUUGGUGGUAAAAACUCAGAUCACUGCUGUUCUGGUCAAGAAGGCCAAAUAGCGAAAGAGUCAUGUUGCGACUGCCAUCCGUCGGCCGGGCUCUAGCCACAGUUGCCAAGGGCAGCCUGGCUCCCAACACUGUGCGUACUCCAGUGCGUGCUGCCAGCAACAUGGUGGAAGUGUUUGUGGAUGGGAAACCACUGGAGGUGGAGGUUGGAACAACUGUGCUGCAGGCCUGUGAGAAGGCAGGAAUCCAGAUCCCCAGGUUCUGUUACCAUGAGCGUCUCUCAGUGGCGGGAAACUGUCGUAUGUGUCUGGUGGAGAUUGAGAGAGCUCCAAAGCCGGUAGCGGCCUGUGCCAUGCCCGUUAUGAAGGGCUGGAACAUCCUCACCAACUCAGAGAAGACACGCAAAGCCAGAGAGGGAGUGAUGGAGUUCCUGUUGGCAAACCACCCACUGGACUGUCCCAUUUGUGAUCAAGGAGGAGAGUGUGACCUGCAGGAUCAGUCCAUGCAGUUCGGUUCAGACCGCAGUCGUUUCACAGAAAGUAAGAGAGCAGUGGAGGACAAGAACAUCGGGCCGCUCAUCAAAACCAUCAUGACCCGCUGCAUCCAGUGCACACGCUGCGUCCGUUUUGCCAGCGAGAUCGCAGGUGUUGAAGACCUGGGAACAACAGGAAGAGGAAACAACCUGCAGAUCGGGACGUACGUGGAGAAGAUGUUCAUGUCCGAGCUGUCGGGAAACGUCAUCGACAUCUGUCCUGUCGGAGCGCUCACCUCCAAACCCUACGCCUUCACCGCAAGACCCUGGGAGACCAGGAAAACGGAGUCGAUCGACGUGCUGGAUGCUGUAGGCAGUAACAUCCUGGUAAGCACAAGAGGCGGGGAGGUGAUGAGGGUGAUGCCCAGGCUGAACGAAGAUGUCAACGAAGAGUGGAUCUCAGACAAGACCAGGUUUGCAUAUGAUGGUCUGAAGAGGCAGAGGUUGACCCAACCAAUGGUGAAGGAUGAUGCAGGUCAGCUGACCCCGACCACCUGGGAGGACGCUCUCACUCGUGUUGCUGGAGCACUGCAGAGCGUGCAGGGCAGUGAGGUAGCAGUCAUUGCAGGAGGGAUGGCCGACGCUGAGGCUCUGGUUUCCCUCAAAGACCUCCUCAACAGACUCGACUCCGAAAACCUCUGCACUGAGGAGCUCUUCCCGAUGGCGGGAGCAGGCACUGACCUGCGGUCCAACUACCUGUUGAACACCGGCAUCGCCGGCAUGGAGGACUGUGACCUGCUGCUGCUCGUAGGAACUAACCCGCGCUACGAAGCCCCGCUGUUCAACGCCCGCAUCCGCAAGAGUUGGCUCCAUAAUGAGCUGCGUGUUGCCAUGGUGGGUCACAAUGUUGAUCUGAGCUACUCGUACGACCAUCUGGGGGAGGAGACGUCAGUCCUGAAGGAGCUGGCUAACGGCACACACCCCUUCUGCCAGGUUUUGUCAGCUGCUAAGCGUCCAGUCGUGCUCGUGGGAAGCAGCACUCUGCAGAGAGAAGACGGAGCUGCCAUUUUGAGCGCCGUCUCCACCAUCGCUCAGAACGCCAGAACCAGCAGUGGAGUGGAAGAGGGGUGGAAAGUCCUCAACGUCCUGCACAGAGUGGCCAGUCAGGUGGCUGCGUUGGACCUGGGCUACAAGGCUGGUGUGGACGCCAUCCGGGCAAAUCCCCCCAAAGUCCUGUUCUUGCUGGGAGCAGAUGCCGGCUGCAUCACCAGAGCCGACCUGCCUAAAGAGAGCCUCAUCAUCUACCAGGGUCACCAUGGUGACGUAGGAGCACAGAUGGCAGACAUCAUCCUCCCCAGCGCUGCCUACACAGAGAAAAACGCCACCUAUGUAAACACUGAAGGUCGGAGCCAACACACCCGGGUGGCUGUCACCGCUCCUGGGAUGGCCAGAGAGGACUGGAAGAUCAUCAGGGCCGUUUCUGAACUGGCCGGCGUAGCGCUGCCCUACGACUCUCUGGAGGAGGUCCGAUCCAGACUAGCAGAGGUCUCUCCCAAUCUGAUCCGUUACAGCGACGUAGAGGAGGCAAACUACUUCAAACAGGCCAACGAACUUGCCCAGGCUGUGAACCAGGAGCUUCUAGCUGCUCCUCUGGUGCCACCUCAGCUAACAGCAAAGGACUUCUACAUGACGGACCCUAUCAGCAGGGCUUCCCAGACGAUGGCCAAAUGCGUCAAAGCGGUGACAGAAGGGGCUGUCGAUGAGCCGUCAGUUUGCUGAACACACACACACACACACAAACAGUACAACAAUAAAAACUCUCUCUACUACACGCACACACACUUCUCUGGACAAACUGUGUUGCUCCUUAAUUUAAAGUUGUCCAUGAUACUUGUACUAUACAGUUUCCUCCACUCCUGUGAGCAAGCUUUGUUGAAUAAAGCGUAUAAAAAAACGUAUUAAAUAUGAAUAAAAUCUUACGAAUGUCUUUA